AGAUACGGAUAUGGUGGAUGGGUACAGCUGGAUCAUCACUGCAAGGGACAGGCAAAGAUGAUGAAGGAUGGAAAGGUUUUUAGAGUUAUUCAAGAGAACUGCUGGGAUCCAGAAGUACGGAUUAAAGAGAUGGACCUAUCAGGAGUCACAGUCCAAGUGCUUUCCACAGUCCCGGUAAUGUUCAGCUACUGGGCCAAACCUCAGGAUACUUUAGAUCUAGCCCAGAUACUAAAUAAUGACUUAGCUGCUACAGUAAAAAAGUACCCCAAGAGGUUUAUCGGCUUGGGUACGUUACCUUUGCAAGCUCCAGACUUGGCUGUGAAGGAAAUGCGUCGCUGUGUGAAUGAGCUUGGAUUUCCUGGAGUACAGAUAGGAUCUCACGUCAAUGAAUGGGACCUGAAUGCACCAGAACUGUACGAUAUUUAUGCUGCUGCUGAAGAAUUAAAUUGCUGUCUCUUUGUGCAUCCCUGGGACAUGCAGAUAGAUGGAAGGAUGUCCAAAUAUUGGUUUCCCUGGCUAAUAGGCAUGCCAGCAGAAACAACCAUAGCUAUUUGCUCCAUGAUUAUGGGAGGAAUUUUUGAAAAAUUUCCUAAGCUGAAAGUUUGCUUUGCACACGGAGGUGGAGCUUUUCCAUACACAGUGGGGCGAAUCUCCCAUGGAUUCAACAUGCGCCCUGAUUUGUGUGCAGUGGAUAAUGAGGUGGAUCCAAGAAAAUACCUUGGUUCAUUUUACACAGACUCUCUUGUCCAUGAUCGUGAUGCACUAAGGCUGCUAACAAGUGUAAUGGGAGAG